GUUAAAACAAGUGUUCAAAGUGAGAGUAGUAGCCAAUGUUUUUUUUUAGUAGUUUGAAUGUUAAAAAUACCAUUUCUCUUGAUCCACAAGGAGAGGGACAGCUGUUCAACUGGAAAAGGCAAUGGACUUUUGGUGUGUUUGGCUGUUGAAGAGCUUUGACGAGAAAAAAGGGACUACACGUGCUCCAGUAUAAAGAGGCUGCUGAUGGCUCCUCCUUCCUCUGUAGCAGCUGGUGUUGAUUGAACCCACGCGCCUUGAGGAGGGGACAGGCAGAUGCUGCAGUGACGAACAAAAUGAUAAACCGUCUGUCAAGAACUGUCACCAAAGGCAAAACCCAUCACCAUGGCAACCAGUUUUGACAGACACAAAAGCCACGUUAAGAGAUUGAGUCUGCUUUUUUAAAACCUGGGACAAGCGUUUAAGUUUGAAACCCCCGGAGAAAUGGGAUUGGAUCAGCUGGUUGGUUGGACUGGUGCCACCGCUCCCUGGGUUUUGGCUGUCUCCCUGUGGUCUCCCGGAGGUGGAGGGACUGGCCACUAUGGUGUUUUUCAGCCUGGGACCAGACGCUGUCUCACCUCCACUGCACACUGGCCCUUUAUUCAUUCAAGCCUGAAAUUACAUGAUGCACUUCCUGGAGGUGAUGGAAAUGUGUUGGAAGAAUAAAGAGGGACGAGCAAGAGGAGAGGAGGGACGUACAGCGAGGGACAAAACCAGGAUUUCUGGAAUGAAUGGGAAUGCUUCUACUGCAUGCUGUGGAAUAAGAGUCACACCAGCGAAGUCUCCAAAAAAGGGGCCCGUUGAGGACUUAAAUUUGUGGCGUGACAGUCCUCUCUUGCUUUGACCACCUUCAGCUGCGGGCAUCUUUCCAAACGGUGCUAAUUAAGGCUAGCGCAGUGUAAGAGCAGUGACAGCAUCCAACGCAGAGGCAGUGGACCACUUGGGGAGGCCUGGGUACUUCUGGUGUGGACUGUGAGUUGUCUGUCUGUGUCCGUGGGCAGAGCAGAAGGAAAGGAGAUGUUUGGAUAAACCUGUCCUGAAGAAUCACUCUCACCGCUGCAGUGAGGACCUCCAUCUGUGCAUCUGCGCUGGUGCCAUGAUCCCUUUGUAAGUGUGGGUAAUGUCGAGGCACAUCACCAAUCCUGGAGAUGCCGAAGAGAAGAGAUAUUCUUGCCAUUGUGUUGAUCGUGUUACCCUGGACUCUGCUCAUCACUGUGUGGCACCAGAACGCAAUAGCGCCCCUACUGGCCAUAAGGAAGGCCUGUCACCACCUAGUAAAAGAGAUCUUUAUCAUACCAGAGAAGCUCGCAGUACGCCACCACCGGCUCUCAGAUGACGGUGUGGAGGGCAAGAGGGACCCUGCCGGACUGGGUCAAGACUCCAAGGAAUAUUGUGCCUCGGAUAAGGACAUUGUAGAGGUGGUGCGGACAGAAUACGUAUACACAAGACCGCCACCGUGGUCCGAUGUGCUACCUACCAUUCAUAUCAUCACCCCGACGUACAGCCGACCGGUGCAGAAGGCAGAGCUAACGCGGCUAGCUAACACUUUUCUCCAUGUUCCCAACCUCCACUGGAUUCUGGUGGAGGACUCCCAAAGGAGGACCCCUCUUGUUACAAGACUCCUCAGGGAGACCGGGUUGAAUUACACCCAUCUCAAUGUGGAGACGCCCAGGAACUAUAAGCUCAGGGGUGACACGCGAGAUCCCAGAAUCCCGCGGGGCACCAUGCAGAGGAACCUGGCACUGCGCUGGUUAAGGGAGACCUUCAAUGCAAACAGCAGCCAGGCGGGGAUAGUGUACUUCGCAGAUGAUGACAAUACAUACAGUCUGGAGCUGUUCGAAGAGAUGAGAUCCACUCGUAAAGUCUCAGUGUGGCCCGUAGCCUUUGUGGGCGGGCUGAGGUACGAGUCUCCCAAAGUGAACGCCGCAGGGAAAGUGUAUGGCUGGAAGACCGUGUUCGACCCUCACCGACCCUUUGCAAUUGACAUGGCCGGCUUUGCCAUCAACCUGCGCCUCAUCCUGUUCAAGCCCCAGGCCUACUUCAAACUGAGGGGUGUGAAGGGGGGGUACCAGGAGAGCAGCCUACUGCGUGAGCUGGUCACGCUCAACGACCUGGAGCCCAAAGCAGCCAAUUGCACUAAGAUCCUCGUUUGGCACACACGAACCGAAAAGCCCGUCCUUGUAAACGAGGGGAAGAAAGGAUUCACAGACCCCAAUGUGGAGAUCUGAACACGUCACAAGAAUAUAAGGUAGUUGGCCUUGGACCUGCAGAAGAGAGGAAAACCAUCCCAGCCUCUUGAUAAGUGCAACCAGCGUCUUAAUGAUUGGAGGACUUAAAAAACAGACAUGACUGUGAAUGGGAGAUUUUCUUUUUCUGAAUUUAAAAACUGUUUGAAAAAACAAAAAACAAAAAAAAACCUUUUAAUUGCAUCUUACUAAAGCACAGAUUGGAAGAUGGAGACCCACAACCUGGAAAUCACUGGAAUUAAUGUUACAAAAAGACAGCACAAAAGAAGUAUUUGAGAAGACAUUCAAUGUCCUGAAGAAAAGAAAACUAAAAACUGAAAUUUCAAAUUAAUGUUUGGAUCUGCACACUCCAGAGAACUGAGGACAUAAAACAAAAUGUUUCAGCAAAAAGGAAGGAAUGUUUUUUUGAUAAAAUGUAUUUAAUUGGUUUGAGUGUUUUGCGGGCACUUGACUCUCUAGUUCAAAUACUACUGACUACUUUUCUUGCAUCCUUGGGUUUUUAUCGCCAUUGUUCAUUUGAAGCUCAUUGUUAGAUUUCAUUGCAUUCAAGCCGCCCUUUCAAGUUCAUAGACUGUUGCUCGAAAGUGAAACACAUUUAAAAAUACUGUUAUAUUGUCUCAGCACUUAUCACGAAUGUGGCAACAUGUGUAAAUAGUGAGUCAACUCAAGAACAAUCAAAGGAACUAGUGGUGUAAUUAUUGUAUUUACAUGUUCAGAAGUAGCUAAAGUCCUCACAGCGAUGCACAGGUUUAGCCAACAAUGAGAGAGUAAUAUAGCACAGAAGCCCUUCACAUUGUAUGGUGAUAUAGAAGUUAUGGCAUUGUCACAAAACAUUAAAAACAACAUGGCAGCUUAGGUAACACUAUAGUAGGUCUAUGCACAGUAAUAUACACAGAUCAGCCAUAUCAUUAUGACCACCUCUACAUUAUCAGCUAUGUUCACUUUUUAAAUGUACUUAAAUAGUUAUCUUAAAAUUCACAAACAUUGAAGCAGAUUUGGUGCACAAACUUCUAUAGAAUCUUAUGUCUUGAACUAUUUGCAAAUGGCAACAGUCAUGCUUGGGUGAUUGUCCAGAUACAUUUAGCGUAAACCAGGCCAAAUUCAAAACAUCUGCAUUAUGGCGUAUUCUAAAAUACACAUCUUGACUGCCCUCCACCUCAAAUAGAAAUGUUAUGACAUAAUGUUAAAAGAGCCUAUAGAAUGACGCAAAUGACCCCUUUACUAUGACAGCUGUUUGUUGGUGGGGUUUGUGAAUAACACUUUGUCCAUAUGGUAUAAAUGGUGUAAGUGGGUCAGAGCCUCUUUAAGUCGAGAUCUAGUCGCCAAAGAAACAGCGAUAAACCAGACAAAGAUGAAGCAUGAUUGGUGGUUCAUUCCAACAAGGGAUCUUAUCAUCUUAAAUAGCUCAUAUACACAAUCACAGUUGUGAAGGAACUGAAUACAUGUACCAAGAAAACAUGUUCUGAACACUAAUUUUGAGUACCUGUAUUCCGGUAGAGUUACUUAUUCGUUGGUGGUAUUCAGAACAGUUACUCUUCAAAAAUCAAAAGAAUACUUGGCACUACUUGAUCACACAAUUUAGGCUUCAAACGCUGCUCUUGUGAUGACUGCACGUGUAAUUCCUCCUUCUCAGGUUAGUGAUAGGAAAUACAUAACAAACCGUGAAACAAAUAUUAAGCUGUUUUUAAUCCAAUGUUGCAUUCUUACACUAUAAUGUAAAUGCAACUCGAUGUAAAAGAAUUCUAGCUAUUCAGAAUACUAUACUCUGAUUGGACCAUGUAACGGAGUACUUUACAAAAUACAUUUUAAUGCAGGUACUCAGUGCUAAAUACAUUUUCAAAGUAUUCUUCACUGUACUGUGUAUUUUAGUUUUUUGCAGUUAGAGCUGUAUAUCAUGCAAAAUGUUCAUGGUCAUAAUGUAAGGCUGGUUUGUGCAUAGCCACUGGAAACAAAUGAAUUAAAGUAGCUCUACAUAAUUACAUUUACACUAAAAUCUACACUGCAAUAAGUUGAGGAACACUUACAUAUCAUAAUAUUAUUCACUAUGAAAGUUUUGUUGCAUGACCCCAGAAAUAUUGUACUUUUUACAUCGUACACCUUGCUGCAACUUCAUCCUAUUGAAAAAGCACAAUCGAUGUCUUAUUUUUGCAGACCAUAACAGUAAUACAUUUUGUUCUACAUUGUGGAUUGAGGCCGAUAAAACUCCCACGGUUGUGUUGUAUCUAUGUUUAGUUGUCUCGAAGGGAAGCAAGAUUUCAGACAGAUGUAGCCACAGCACUGCAUAUAGCUAACACUGUAACACAGAUAUCCUCUGCAGUUAAUAGGAUCUAGGCAAGUUGAUAUCUAUCGUGCAAUACACAGGGGUAGGGCUUAUCUUACAUUAUAGCAAAGAAGCUGCAGAGAAUACAAACAUUUACCUUACGGUACGGUUGCCAAAUUAUGUGCCCACUUUUCCCCGAAAUACUAGCACAUAAAAUAUAUUAUAAUUAAGUAUGACCACAAUUUAAAGAGCCUAUAUUAUGCUAUUUUCUGAUCUAUGUUAUAAUGUUGUUUCCUUAUCAAAAACAUACCCAGGUUGUGUUUUGUUUUAUAACACACAAACCCUGUAUUUAGGCUGAUCCACCUUGUGAUGUCAUGUGGCAAUACAGGAAGUGUUCCACUGUGUUUUAGGACUCUAUACACCUUCACUGGAAUUUUUUUUGAUAAUUUCAGCUUUAGAAUUGCUUGCCUCUACUGAACAAAAGGUAAAACGGUAGAUUUUAACUUGUAAACUAUCACAUUUUGAGCUUUGGAGAUGUAGACAGACUAAUAAUAAUACUCAAACGAAACAAAACACAACUCUAGGCAUGUUUUUGAUGCGAUAACAACAUUAUAACAUGGUUUAAAGUUUUCAAGAGUCAAGUUUGUGUAAUAUAGGACCUUAGACAGAUUGGAGUCUACUGUCUGUCCCCUACUUUGACUAAACAGUUCAGUCAACUUAUUUUAAGAAUGUACUACAACUUGCCUCCCCUUAUUUAUUAAAAAUCUCGUUUAUUGUAUUUAUUUAUUUAUCAAACGUGGAUGUGCAAUUUAAUCAAGUCUGUGUUUACUGGCAGCCCUCUGAAACAGCAUGAGCAAAUAUAAACAUUGCUUAAUUUAGACUAUGCCCAAUGUAAUUUUACAACAGGCAGGCUGUCAAGUGUCUUUGUCAUACCACUGCUGUUGUCUAUCUUUGCACAAACGUUAAUGAAUUGCUGCAUUAUAAUUGGAGACAUACUAUUGAUUAAUUUAAAAUGAUUAUGUAUUCAAAUCAGUUAAGAAUUAUACAAAUAGUGAAAAUUUGAUAAAUGUUAUGAUAAAUUUGCUCAUAGGCUUGUGUUCUGAUAAUAAUAUUGAUCAAUGUCUUAUAUUGUUUGGAGCUAUGUAUUAAUGUGCAUUGGCUUUGUUCCUGAAUGAGAAUAUUGUGCACUUUUGUUGUGUUAUAAAGCGACUGCCCACGUAAUGUUAAAAAUCGCUCUUGGCCAAACACUGAAGAAUGCAGCUUUCACAUCAGCAGGAAAUACUUAUAUUCUGUGAUCUAUCUGUGUGGCAUUUUAAAUAUAAAGGUGCGCUAUGUAACUUUUCUGAUAGAGGGUUCAUCACCUGCUUGUUUCCAUGGAGAUCUUGGAGAUUGCUUUGUCUGGGAUGUUGCACAGUUUUGCAUUAAACUUGUCAAUCUUGCAUUUAUUAAA